AUGCAUUUGACUAGUUCUAAGUUGACUAGUUUCCUAGUCAAUCUAUCCUUGCAAGAUCUUGGCUCCAUCUCUUUCACAGUUCCAAAGUCUAUGCUGAAUUCCUUGAUGAACACUGAAACCAUUUCUUACUCUGGAUGCCUCUGCCAAGUUUUCUUCCUUGUUUUCUUCAUGCUGUCUCAUUUCUCUCUCCCUGGUAUCAUGGCAAAUGAUCAUUAUGUAGCCAUCUGCAAUCCAUUACUUUAUGAGACAGCAAUGAACAAAAAAGUCUGCAUCCAAAUGAUAACUAGUGCAUGGAUUGGUGCUAUUCUGUUUUCAAUACUCUACACUGGAAAUUUAGUUACAGUGGAGUUCUGUUCCAAAAUCAUCCAUCAGUUCUUCUGUGAAAUCCCUCAGUUACUCAAGAUCUCCUGCUCUGAUUCAUAUCUCACAGUGGUGUGGGUUCUCGUAUUUGGUUCUUCUUUAGGUUUCGUUCAAUUUGCUCUAAUUGCUUUUUCUUAUGUUCAAAUCUUCAGAGCAGUUUUUAGAAUCCCAUCCACCCAAGGCAAGCAAAAGGCUGUCCCUACCUGCUUGCCCCAUAGCAUAGUCAUUUUUCUGUUUGUGGUAAGUGGUAAUUUUGCAUACCUGAGACCCACGUCCAGCACCCCAUCAAUAUCAGAUAUCUUGAUUUCUAUGUUCUACUGUGUGGUGCCACCAGUGAUGAAUCCACUUAUCUAUAGUAUAAGGAACAAGGAACUCAAAAUGGCAUUCUCAAACCUGAUUCUCAAUACCUGUCCCCAUACUUUACAGAAACGUUCUCACUUAUGCACAUUUUAG